AUGUCUCUGUGGUUGGAACGCUGCCUGACGGGCUACUUCCAGCUCAUGGGCCUGACCUGCGGCUGGAGCGGCUCCCGCCUGGGUCGACUGCUGGGCAGCAGUUGGCUGCUCCUCAUAAUGAUCGAGCUGGCGGGACAAAUUCGGAGUUACUUCAAGGGAGAAUUUGGGGACGAGCAUGUCACACCAGGCACUUCGUUCCUGUUCGCCAAUACGGUCCAGGGCGUCAGUGUGGGCUACAAACUGGUUCAUGCACUGAUCGCUGGCAUGGCCCUGGUCGAGUGUCAGCGUAAUCGCCGCCUGUUGGAGCAACUGCCUCCGGUUAGGAUCACACCGUUCAUAUACAGGCAACUGGCCGUGGAACUACUGCUGAAUGGCUACAUUGUGGGUGUAAAUAUCUGUUUGUGCUGGAACCGCCUGGAACUGCUACUCGAGUGCCUGCGGGUGGUGUACAGCAACCAGGCGGUACGUGCUCGUUAUCUGCAAAUGCUACUCCUGGUGGAUCGCCUGGACUUUCAGCUGGAGCAGUUGCUUAAAAAAAUGGCCGGCAGAGGACGACCCCUGGACUAUCAAUCGCUGAGAUGCGACUAUGCUCAUUGGGCCAAGGUGACGCGAUCGCUGUCCCAGCUCUAUGGCCUCUCGCUCCUCCUGCUGAAUGUCCUGUGUCUGGGCGACUGCCUCAUAGCUUGCAACGUUUACUUUAUGGUGGAAUAUAUUGAGGUAAUUUCCGCCAGUUGGUAUGUCUUUGCCCAGGCCGUGUACAUUGUUCUGCCAACGCUGGUCAAGAUCUGGACCCUGUGUGCUGCCUGCCAGCGAUGUGUGGAAAAGGCCAAGUACCUGCAGGCACAGCUUAAGGAUCGACCUGGACAAUCGCCAGCGGAAAGAAGUCAGAUCGAGGAGUUUGUCCUGCAAAUUAUGCAGGAUCCCAUCUAUUUUGAUGUCUGUGGAAUAUAUCAACUCAACCUGCAAUCCUUGGCUGGGAUGUUCUUCUUUAUUUUGGAGGCCCUGGUAAUAUUCCUGCAGUUUGUGUCCCUUGUAGGACCGAGCCAAAGCAUGGACUAA